AUGGCAGAUACUCACCAUGAUACUACUCCAAAUCUCGACAUUAACAGAUGGAGACGUUCAUCAGAAAAGGGAGACGACCGCCGAUCGGAAGAUUUGAUCGCUCAUACUGGAGAUCCCUUUGGGGAUGAAGAAAAUGCCGAAACCAAGUAUCGGACGUUGGAAUGGUGGCAAUGCGGCAUGAUCAUGAUCGCGGAAACCAUCUCCCUCGGUAUUCUGUCCCUUCCAUCGGCCGUGGCAGUGCUAGGUCUUGUCCCUGCCGUCAUUCUCAUUGUCGGACUUGGUAUAGUCGCAACCUAUACUGGAUACGUAAUCGGCCAAUUCAAAAUCCGAUACCCGCAAGUACAUAGUAUGGGGGAUGCUGGGGAGCUGCUUUUCCAUCCCAUGGGGCUAUCUCGCUUUGGUAGGGAGUUCAUGGGAACCGCUCAGCUGUUCUUCCUCAUCUUCGUCAUGGGAAGUCAUCUCUUGACCUUCAGUGUCAUGAUGGAUACAGUCACAGAUCAUGGCACCUGCUCAAUUGUAUUUGGGAUCGUUGGCUUGAUCGUCUCGUUUAUCUUUGCCUUGCCUCGAACCCUCCGGAAGGUCUCCUGGUUCUCAUUUGCUUCCUUCGCAAGUAUUCUUGCCGCACUCCUAAUUACUAUGAUCGCUAUUGCGAUUCAGCGCCCAGGUGAUGGCAAGGUAGACGCAACUACGACAGUCAGUGUGUCAAAGGGGUUUAUAGCUGUCACAAAUAUUGUAUUUGCUUAUGCUGGCCAUGUGGCUUUCUUCGGCUUUAUCUCCGAGAUGAAGAUUCCAACAGACUAUCCCAAAACGCUAUAUUUGCUCCAAAUGACCGAUACAAGUAUGUAUGUGAUAGCUGCUGUUGUUAUAUACAUCUAUGGUGGGAAGGAUGUGAAAUCGCCCGCCCUGAGUUCAACAAGCCCAGUUACAGCGAAGCUUGCAUAUGGAAUUGCUAUUCCUACGAUUGUCAUAUCUGGUGUCAUCAAUGGACAUGUCGCCGCAAAAUAUGUCUACGUUCGACUUUUCCGAGGUACAAAGCACAUGCAAAAGCGCUCAUUCUUGUCAAUUGGCUCCUGGGUUGCGAUUACUCUUAUAUUAUGGGUAAUAGCCUGGAUUAUUUCCGAGGCAAUCCCUGUGUUCAACACAUUGCUGAGUUUGAUCACUUCCCUUUUCGCUAGUUGGUUUACCUAUGGCCUCAGCGGUGUAUUUUGGCUAUUCCUGAAUCGAGGCCAGUAUGGGGCUUCCUGGAAAAAGAUGGUUCUGACUGCCAUUAACUUGGUGAUUGUUGCGAUUGGUGCAUGCCUGUGUGGGAUGGGUCUUUGGGUUUCUGGUAAAGCAAUCCAUGAUGAUUCAAGUGGUGCAAGCUUUUCGUGUGCUCCCAAAAAUGGAUGA